AAACACCAUUAACACGCAACCUACACACACUCAUACAACAUCUCUUUCUCUGUUCUGUAAUCUCUUUUUCCCUCAAUCUCUUUAUCGAUUCCUUCUCCAUCGAAUGAGCCACAUAAAAAUCAUCCAGAAUCCCAUAGAGAGGUUUUUGGAUCUUCUCUUGGUCAGUCUCAUCAUUUUCAUGACUCUGAAAGGCGGCACGAGCGGGGCUUGUGCCGCGUGCAAGUAUCAACGAAGACGCUGCGCCGCCGACUGUCCGCUCGCGCCCUACUUCCCAGCAGAACAACCGAAACUGUUCCAAAACGUUCACAGGCUCUUCGGCGUCAGAAGCAUCGUGAAGAUCCUCGAGACUCUCGACGAGGCUCAGAAACCAGAAGCCAUGAAAUCAAUCAUCUUUCAGUCAUAUGUCCGUGACCGUAACCCUGUCCACGGUUGCCUCGGAGUCACGCAACAUCUACAGUAUAUGAUCUGGGUCGCUGAGGAAGAACUCAAAGCCGUCAAUUCACAAUUACAGCUCUAUCGAAACCAACAACAAAACAACAACAACAAUGGUCAAAAUCAUCAUAACCCUAUGAUUCAUGAGAUUGGUGAAAAGCAGCAUGAAGAUGUUACAUCACAGCUCGACUUGGGAAUGGGACUUACCGUUAACAACACACAGAGCAAUGUAACACCUUUUUUCAGUCCUUUGCCAGUUUCUGAAACGCAGCAACAGCAACAAAUGUCUUCUUACACUUAUUGCAAUGAGGUUAAUAACAAUGGCUAUAGUCCUCCUCCUGCGUAUACAGAUUCCUGUAAGGAGAUUCUCAACAGUAACAAUAAUGACUCUUUGGCUUGGGGUCAGAAUCGGUUUCCUUAUCAUCAUCAUAACAAUGGGUUCAGCAAUCAAAACGAGAGCUGUAACGAGAUGAAGAACAGUAACGGUGUGAUGGCGAUACAAUCGCAGCUCGUUAAUCUUCAGAUGGUUUCGAAUCAGCAAGAGGAAGAAGAAGACGAUGUUCACGAGUACGAUGAGAUCCAUCAGUUCCUAGAAAUCAUCGAUGAUAGGCAAUCGUUCGCGGAUUCGAAAGAUGCUUACGCUUCAAGCUCCGGUGAAUCGUUGAAGGAACCGAUGAAUGAAAUGGGAGAGAACGAAUUGAGGAGUGCGGCUAAUUGCUUCAGUCUGACCAGUGUGAAUUGAUUUAAUGAUUGUUUCAUGAGGAGGGAAAGUUGCGGCUAUUCCUCAGUUUUGUGUUUUCGAAUUUUGAUUCCGAUUUCGAAUUUUUUUCUUAUUACUUCCACAAACACAUAUAGUUACACGCAUUGAUUCUAAAUUCUUUUUUUUAAUCUUUUAUCUUUUUUUUUAAAAAUAAAAUCUGAAUCUCUUUUUAAAACUGCUAGAUUGUCUUUUAUUACCUUAAAUCUAGUUAGAUUCAUCAGUGUUUGUUAAACGUGC